CUCACUGAGCGUCAAACCAAUAGAAAACAACCACAGAAGAAAAUGUUCCAUUCAACCAGCCAAUCACACUUUACAUUUCCUUUGAUGGAAAGUCUACGCAUGUCAUGACAUCCGGUAGUGAGACGUGUUUCUUUGUCAUUUGACUCUCGGCCAUCUUCACACAUGGACGUGCUGCACAUUCUUCUGAUCGCUCUCUUCGGAGUUGUUUCUUACAGUCAUGGUCAGAUUUCUGGAUCAGAGUUGGAGGUGACAGCCAGACCAGGAGACAACGUCACUCUCUACUGUGACUGCAAAACAUCAAGUGGAGUUUACAUCGUGUGGUUCAGGAACUGCUCUCAUGAGAACCAACCUUCUCUUGUCCUAUCAUACUAUAGUCUCUCUAGAACUAAAAAUCCUCUAAAUCCCAUUCCUCGUUUCCACUUCGUCUUUAACGAUUCCUCUAACUCCUAUAACCUGAUGAUCAUGAACGUCACUGAUUCGGAUGAGGGGCUCUACUACUGUGGAACUGAACAGACCAAGGUGUACGAUAACGGGAAGGAUAAAAUUACUCGCAGAGUUGAGUUCAGAUAUGGCAACGUCACAACAAGGAUCAAAAUCAAUUCCAGCCCACAGCCCUGGAUGAUGGCGCUCACUGCAGCCAUCACUAUUCUCUCCUCCUUCCUCUGCUUUACUUUGGUUUGUCACUUCUGUCAGAAAACAGUCUGUAUUAUUAUUAUUAUUUUGCAGACGGGGAAGCUGAACUCCUCGACAGCGGAUGGAAUCAGGAUGAAGACAUGUAUUUAACACGAGUUGUGUACCGGGUUAAACAAGGACGGAAACACCAGUAGACAGAGAAGAAGAUUCGAAUGUUCAACGUUCAAGUUGUUUGUUACGUUCGUCCUGUGACUUCAGACAAAGCAGUUCAUGUGGCCGGUUCGUCUUUAGACUUCCUGUAUAAUCAGACAGCAGCAGUCUUUUUCCUUCUGACUGACAUAUAUACAUUUUCACACACGUGUUUUUAUUGUCAGGAGUGAUGUUAUGUGUAUAUAUAUAUGAAAUAUUUUCUGAAGAUUUCCAGCUGUAGUUUCCUCUUGUUUAACUGGUGAGGUGUGGGCUAAUUUUAGGUAUGUGAGAUUAUUAGAUAAAUGUAAAUAGUUCUCAAAGUAUUGAAGUCACAUUGUAAUAAACUGAAAUGAAAGCAGGAAACAGUCAAAUGUG